AUGUCUUUGUCCUUUGGAGACUGUCGAGACGAAAAACCCGAGAAGGUGUCAGUACAGUGUUGCGUCGGCGACGAACGAAGGAUGGAUGGGCCUACCAAAAUCAGCGAACUUCCUGAAGAGCGGAUGGAAUGUGAAUCCACACCCGAUAAUGGGGGAAGUACUGGUACUGGUACUGGUGCCAGUUCCAUUAUUGGCGACAAUGAUGGGGAAAGCAGUGUCGAGUCUUCGCCGUGUACAUGUAGCAGCCUGACGGUGGUAUCGGAAGGGGAGGAAACUUCGAGUAGAGAAGUGAUAGGCGUCUCGUACCUCCACGACGAUGAUGACGACGAAACAACUUCCAACGAAGACAGCGAGCCAUCGUCUCAACGUUCCUUGGACUUGUCCGUGGACACGCCCGAAAUCGAAUCUGUGGGGAGAGACAUUGCAAUAGUUGGAAAGCUGUUGUUUCGGGACGAGUUUCCAAGCGAUUUCGGAGACUUCACACCGUCCGACAUUCAAGGUAGCGGCCUCCCGCGUUUGAAUCACCAGACUUCUUUGUGCCUGGAAGAGAUCGACCCAGUUCCAAUCGAAGAGUUCAUCAGGGACAUCUUUUUUGUUCCGGUAUCCAGAUUCUGCAGCCGGGAGAAGUGCCACGGGCACAUAAACAAAUCGGAGGAGCUUCGAACGCCCUCAAACAUCAUCUUUGGCCUCCGUUUCCGUGAUGCCUCGUGCCCUGUAACUCAUCCCACAGUCUCUGAAGUCUCUAACACGAGCCCACUGUUAGGAAGAGUCUUUCAAGGUGACAUUAUCCUUCAGGUGAACGACACCAAGUUACUGGGGUUUCGAGCUGAAGAGGUUGUUGCCCUGUUUGAUAAGACGACUCCUACUAGAGAUGAAGAACGAGACGACGGGCAGUCCUUUGACUGUCUUGAUGCUUUCGAACACCAGGUGAUCAAGCUAACCGUCAUGAGCUGCCACUCUGAAGACAUGUCAUAUUUGGAUGACGAUGAGGAGGACGAUACAGGAGUGCCAGGAACUGGAGUUGAGUUUUGA